CAGCCCCGCCCGCCCCGCCGCAGCGCAGAGCGGCCCCCGCCCAGCAGCAGCGCCCGCGCCGGUCGCAGCCGAGCGCACCCGGCCCCUUCCGGGCGCGCCCCGCCGCCCAGCGACCCCCGCCCCGCCCGGCGUCUCCGCCCCUUCCCAGCCGGCCCCCUUUCGCGACCGGCCCGCGGCGUUCUGGCCCGCGCGGGACCCCUCCUCCAGGUGCUGUGGCGUUGCCAUGGCGUUUUCCGCUGCGGCCGGGGAGGCGGCGCGGCCUGGCCGGGCCUGAGUGACGGGGAGCCGCGGGGCCGCAGUCUCGCCGCACACCGACCCCGCUGGCUGAUCCCCCGCCUCCCCCUUCGCCGCCGCCGCCUGCCGCCGCCGCCGUUUCCCUCGACCCCGAGGUUCCGGCAGCGGCGGGCGGCGGCGGCGGGCGGCGGCGGGAGUGGGCGGCGGGGAAGAUGGCGGGGAACGGCGGCGGCGGCGGUUUGGCCGGCGCCGGGAGCGGGGAGAUCAUCCAGCUUAACGUGGGCGGCACCAGGUUCAGCACUUCAAGACAAACACUAAUGUGGAUUCCAGACUCCUUUUUUUCCAGUUUGCUGAGUGGAAGAAUUUCAACACUGAAGGAUGAAACUGGUGCUAUAUUUAUUGAUAGAGAUCCAGCAGCAUUUGCACCCAUUUUAAAUUUUCUUCGCACAAAGGAGUUAGACUUACGGGGAGUGAGUAUUAAUGUUCUCAGGCAUGAAGCUGAAUUCUAUGGAAUCACUCCUUUAGUAAGAAGGUUGCUUCUAUGUGAAGAACUGGAACGCUCAUCUUGUGGCAGCGUCCUCUUUCAUGGUUACCUGCCUCCUCCAGGCAUUCCCAAUCGCAAAAUAAAUAAUACUACUGGGCUACCGGCUGAUGUUAGAACUGGUCAAAACUGCUCUGAGAAUGAGAUUCGUGGAGGUGGUGUCCAGCCUACCCUUACUGGUACUGGGGAAGGUACAGUCAGACUAGGAUUCCCUGUGGACCCACGGAAAGUUCUGAUCGUAGCUGGCCACCACAAUUGGAUAGUAGCUGCAUAUGCCCAUUUUGCUGUUUGCUACAGAAUCAAAGAGUCUUCUGGGUGGCAGCAAGUGUUCACAAGUCCCUAUCUGGACUGGACAAUUGAGCGAGUGGCUCUCAAUGCUAAGGUGGUUGGAGGGCCUCACGGAGAUAAGGAUAAGAUGGUUGCAGUUGCCUCAGAGAGCAGCAUAAUCUUGUGGAGCAUUCAGGAUGGUGGUAGUGGCAGUGAAAUUGGAGUGUUCAGUCUUGGAGUCCCCGUAGAUGCCCUCUUCUUCAUUGGCAACCAGUUGGUGGCUACUAGCCAUACAGGGAAAGUGGGAGUGUGGAAUGCUGUGACUCAGCACUGGCAGGUUCAGGAUGUUGUCCCUAUCACAAGCUAUGAUACUGCUGGGUCUUUUCUGCUUCUGGGCUGUAACAAUGGCUCCAUCUAUUAUAUAGACAUGCAGAAGUUCCCAUUACGAAUGAAAGACAAUGAUCUUCUAGUGACAGAAUUGUACCAUGAUCCCUCCAAUGAUGCUAUAACAGCACUCAGUGUCUACCUCACACCUAAAACAAGUGUAAGUGGCAAUUGGAUUGAGAUUGCAUAUGGCACCAGCUCUGGAGCAGUGAGGGUGAUUGUACAGCACCCUGAAACAGUUGGGUCUGGACCUCAACUCUUUCAGACUUUCACAGUUCAUCGAAGUCCUGUUACAAAGAUCAUGCUCUCGGAGAAACAUCUUGUGUCAGUUUGUGCUGAUAACAACCAUGUACGGACAUGGACUGUAACUCGGUUCCGGGGCAUGAUUUCAACUCAGCCAGGCUCAACACCUCUUGCAUCAUUCAAAAUCUUGUCCCUGGAGGAAGCAGAGAGUCACGGCAGUUACUGUUCUGGAAAUGACAUUGGACCCUUUGGUGAGCGUGAUGAUCAACAGGUCUUUAUUCAAAAAGUUGUUCCCAUCACCAAUAAGCUUUUUGUGAGGCUGUCUUCUACUGGGAAAAGAAUCUGUGAGAUCCAGGCAGUUGACUGCACUACCAUAUCGUCGUUUACUGUGAGGGAAUGUGAAGGAUCCAGCAGAAUGGGCUCCAGGCCACGCCGCUACCUCUUCACUGGCCAUGCAAAUGGCAGCAUCCAGAUGUGGGACCUGACCACAGCUAUGGACAUGGUUAAUAAGAGUGAAGACAAGGAUGUUGGAGGUCCAACAGAGGAAGAGCUGCUGAAGUUGCUUGACCAGUGUGACUUGAGUACGUCUCGCUGUGCCACACCCAACAUUAGUCCUGCCACCUCAGUAGUUCAGCCAAACCGACUGCGGGAAUCUAAUUCCAGCCUCCAAUUGCAGCAUCAUGAAACAAUCCACGAAACAGCCACGUAUGGUUCUGUGCGACCUUACAGAGAAAGUCCCCUGUUGGCAAGAGCAAGGCGGACAGAGAGCUUUCACAGUUACCGGGACUUCCAGGCUUUUAACUUAUCCAGCAAAAGUCCAGUAGAAAAGGCAUCUGCUGCAAAUGGCAACUCAAGCCAGACAGAGGCUAGGAAGGCAACAGCGGAGGGCAGUGCAGCUGACAGGAAGGCAGUUGUGACAACAGCACUUGAAGUGCGAGGCACUGGCAUGACAGAUGCAGGUGGGUGUUGCAGUUCAGAGGUUCACCGGCUGCCAGAGAGUUCUCUGGAUCUCAAAAGAAGAGGGCCAGACGAGGAGAGCGAAGCCAAAGCAGAGAACAAAAAGAAAAUGGGGUUUGAAGGAGCUGGGUUCCUGGGAAGGAAGAAGGUGCCUCUCCUGGCCUCUGCCCCACCAAUCCUUGCAGAAGGUGGGCCUGAAUUACCUGGUGCAGCUUCUCCAUCACCUACAAAGACAGCUGCUUCACCACGUCACCGGAAGAAUGACUCAUCCUGCCAAGACUAUGGCUUGUGAAAAUGUGGCUGGUUGCAAAGGAGAGGUGCAGGUGCCCUCUGGCCAGUAGCAGACGUAACACUGUGUGGUGUGGGUUUCUUCUUGAGUGGGGUUUUGUUCUGAUGUCCAGAAUGAAACUUGCAAGGAAGCAGGUUAAAAGAAAGCACCUGGCUGCUGCCAAACAUUUGAUGAGUCCUCCACAUUAUGUAUGGCUUUAUGUGAUAUUCCAAAAUGUAGUACGGUACUUGGUCCAAAAUAUUGUUGUGCAUUCUUGCGUAAACAUGGUCAGGCAUGUGCUAUAUGUUGUGAUUAUUUUUGUUCGGGGGGGAAGGGAGGGUAAGAGAGGAAUACAUAGUUGCUUAAUGGAAGAUGUCUUUUAGACACAGCCAUGCACUACUCUGCAGAGCUGCUGCUGUCUUGGCUGGUUUCUGCCUAAUUUACAGGGCAGCCUCCAUAGUCUUGUUUUAUGAAUGGGAUGAAUAUGGCACCCUUGCUCUGUAUGCUGCUGACUGAGAUCUGAAAUGUUUUGUCCAGAUUAAGGAGGAAGCUAUUUAAAAUAGCAUAUUAUAUUGCCUCUUAUUGCUAAUAAAUUGCCAGAAAGUGUU